AUGACUUAUGGAGCAUUACUUCCUUCUUUGCUCGCACAAAACAUGGUUCAAACAAUACCGUCUCCUCGCAUUCCAGACCCUCUCCGACGCUGGUACCGUCCUGACCUUCAUUGUGUUUAUCAUCAAGGGGCACCAGGUCAUGACGUGGAACGUUGUUUUUCCCUCAAGAAGGAAGUCCAAAAACUGAUCAAUAGCAAAGAGUUAACUUUCACCGACCCUGAUUCUGUAGCCCGGAACAGUCCUCUACUUGCCCGUGGGCCUGCUGUUAACAUGAUCCAAGACUGUCAGGAGGAGGUUUGCAUUCUCUACGCAUGUGAUAUCAAGACUCCUUUGGUACCAAUACAUGUGAAAAUGUGUGAAGCGGCUUUCUUCAGCCACGAUCACGAGGCUUGUGAUAUAUGUUCUGUGGACCCCCGUGGUUGCAAGCAAGUCCAGAAUUAUGUGCAAGGUCUCCUAGAUAGAAAAGAACUUGUGGUUACAAAGGAAAUCAAGAGCAAAUAUGUCUGUGUUGUCACUCCGAAAGCCGUACCCUACAAGUAUGAAGGCACGAUUCUAGAACCCAAAAGUGAAACGAAUUCAUCCUCUGUUGUGGACAAUAUUGCCGAAAGUAGUCAGAUUUUGAGAAGCGGCCGUGUCCUUCCUGCUGUGGUUCAAAAAAGCACUGGUAUUCCGGUCAAAGAACCAGUAAAAGAACGGAACACAGGUAAAGAUAAAUCUUGGGAGCAGCCCAAAGAGUUUGGUUAUGAGGAUGCUGAUGAAGUCUUAAAGCUGAUCAAGAGGAGUGAAUACAGGGUUGUGGACCAGUUGUUACAAACCCCUGCAAAGAUUUCCAUAAUGUCCCUAUUAUCAAGCUCUGGCGCUCAUCGGGAGGCCCUGAAGAAAGUACUAGACCAGGCUUUUGUGGAUUAUGAUGUGAAUUUGGGGCAGUUCGAAAGUAUUAUGGGGAAUGUGACCGCUUGUAAUAGUCUGAGUUUCAGUGAUGAAGACCUCCCGGCGGAGGGGAAGAAGCACAAUCAGGCAUUACUCAUCUCUGUACUUUGCAAAACAGACUCCUUAUCUAAUGUUCUGAUAGACACCGGUUCCGCUCUUAAUGUGAUGCCCAAAUCAACCCUCGACCAAUUGACAUAUUAUGAGGCUCUCUUGAGGCCCAGUAAGGUGACGGUGAGAGCAUUUGAUGGGACCAGAAGAUCAGUAUAUGGGGAGAUAGAUUUGCCAAUUUCAGUCGGCCCGCAUGAGUUUCGGGUCACUUUUCAAGUCAUGGAGAUUCAGGCUUGUUUCAGUUGUUUACUUGGCAGACCAUGGUUUCAUGACACUGGGGCAGUAACAUCCACUCUCCACCAGAAGCUGAAGUUUGUAAGUCAUGGAAAGCUAAUUACUGUGAGUGGUGAGUCAGCCUUCUUGAUCAGCAAUCUAUCGGCGUUCUCCGUUAUUGGUGGUAAUAGUUCAGAUGGGUCGACAUUCCAAGGAUUCUCUGCCGAAGAAAGUGUAGGUAAGAUUGAGACUUGUAUGGCUUCGUUGAAAGAUGCCCAGAGGGUAAUUCAGGAGGGCAAAACUGAAGGCUGGGGUCAGCUAGUGGAGUUACCAGAGAACAAGCGCAAGCAGGGAAUUGGUUUUCCUAACAGCAAGCCGGGGAUGUUCGACCCUACCAGAGGCUCUUUCCACAGUGCUGAAUUCAUCCAUGAUUCGCCAGAGACGAAUUCAAUCACAGAAGAUACACCUGAAGGAGUGGCACCUGUCUUUGUGACACCUGGAGGAGCCUGCUGCAACUGGAUUGCUGUAGACAUUCCUUCUGUGAUACCCCGUUCUAAACUGAACAUAAAUGAGCCCGUUGAACACGGUAACCCCAUGCUUCCUCCCAACUUUGAGGUCCCAGUUUACGAGGCUGUGGUAGAGGAGGAUGAUGAGAUUCCUGAUGAGAUUAAAUGGAUAUUGGAACAAGAAAGAAAGACAAUUCAACCUCAUCAGGAAGAGAUAGAAAUCCUCAAUCUGGGUACUGAGGAAGACAAGAAAGAAAUCAAGAUCGGGGCAUUGUUGGAGGAAUCUGUUAAGGAAAGAGUAAUUGAGCUUUUCAGAGAAUAUUCCGAUAUAUUUGCAUGGUCAUACAAAGACAUGCCGGGUCUAGACCCGGAUGUUGUGGAACACAGACUGCCUUUGAAGCCUGAGUGUCCUCCGGUAAAGCAGAAAUUGAGAAGAUCUCAUCCCGAUAUGGCCCUCAAGAUUAAAGAAGAAGUGCAGAAGCAAAUCGAUGCAGGUUUCCUGGUCACAUCAGAGUAUCCUCAAUGGUUGGCCAACAUAGUGCCCGUUCCGAAGAAAGACGGCAAAGUCAGAAUGUGUGUUGAUUAUCGGGACCUGAACAAGGCUAGUCCGAAGGAUAAUUUUCCUUUACCUCACAUCGAUGUAUUGGUUGAUAACACUGCUAAAUGCAAGGUUUUCUCCUUCAUGGACGGUUUCUCCGGUUACAAUCAGAUCAGGAUGGCUCCCGAAGACAGAGAAAAGACAUCAUUCAUCACAGCCUGGGGUGCUUUCUGCUAUGUGGUGAUGCCAUUUGGAUUGAUAAAUGCGGGUGCCACUUACCAAAGGGGCAUGACCAAGAUAUUUCAUGACAUGAUUCACAAAGAAAUCGAGGUCUACAAAGAUGAUAUGAUCGUCAAGUCCGGUACGGAAGAAGAACAUGUUGAUCACAAGGGUAUUGAAGUUGAUCCCGACAAGGUCGGAACCAUCAGAGAAAUGCCUGUUCCAAAGACAGAGAAGCAAGUCAGAGGUUUUCUUGGUAGAUUGAACUACAUCUCCAGAUUUAUAUCUCAUAUGACUGCCACAUGUGGACCAAUUUUCAAGUUACUUCGCAAAGAUCAAGGGGUUGAGUGGAAUGAUGAUUGCCAGAAGGCUUUUGACCAAAUCAAAGAAUAUCUGUUAGAACCUCCAGUUCUUGUUCCUCCAGUUGAUGGAAGACCUUUGAUCAUGUAUUUAACAAUGUUAUUGUCCGAGUAUGAUAUCGUGCAUCGCACUCAGAAAGCAAUCAAAGGUAGCAUCUUGGCAGACCAUUUGGCUCAUCAACCAAUUGAAGACUAUCAACCAAUCAAGUUUGACUUCCCAGAUGAAGAAGUCAUGUAUCUAAAAGCGAAAGACUGUGAUGAACCGGUGUUCGGUGAAGGUCCCGAUCCUGAAUCUGAUUGGGGUUUGAUAUUUGAUGGGGCCGUUAAUGUCUAUGGUAGCGGAAUUGGUGCAGUUCUCACUACCCCUAAGGGUACUCACAUCCCUUUUACUGCAAGGAUACGAUUUGAUUGCACAAACAACAUCGCAGAAUAUGAAGCUUGCAUCAUGGGUAUUGAAGAAGCCAUCGAUUUGAGGAUCAAGAAAAUCGUCAUCUAUGGUGAUUCGGCUCUCGUGAUUAACCAGAUCAAAGGAGAAUGGGAAACUCGUCAUCCUGGGUUGAUUCCCUACAGAGAUUAUGCAAGACGAUUGCUGACUUCAACAAAGCAGAGCGACACCACGUGUCCCGUGAGGAGAAUCAAAUGGCGGAUGCUUUAG